UUAAAAAAAAAACCGAAUAUUUUGUAUUCGAAAUCAUUUAAUCAUCACUACUCAAAUCUAACCUAACCUAGCGGCGUGAGAGUGUGCGAAUGUGUGUCUUUUUAAAUAUUUUUUAUUUCAUGAAAGCAAUUUUUGUUAAGUGUGAAAAUGUGUUCGAUUGAGAUACUCGAAAGUGGAGGGAUACAAUUUGAUUUUGAAUUCACCUCGGAACCUAUUAGUCUUCCAGAAAAUGGCAAUUUGGCAAACAUUCUUCAAGAACUAAAGAAAGCUACUAAAGAAAAUGACCAAAAAAAGUUUAUCAAAGAACUUGUUGAUUUUUACAAAGGCAGCACAGACAGUCAGACAGAAAAAGAUGCAAGAAACGCUGUUCUAGAUGUGUUCUCACAAUUCAGCAAUAAGAAAGUGUUAAAAAAAUAUUUACAAAAUGUCGUAGGAAAAUUGGGUUUAUAUGAUAUGAUUAUGACAAAUGCAGAAAAAGAUAUAUUUAUCAUGCUUGGAGAUAAAAAAUGUAACAUUCCACACUGGUUGAAUCUAUGCAAUUUUGUCUGUGUUAUGCAAAAUUACCCAAAUUUUAAUUAUGAUAUGACCAUUAAAAAGCUCUUUUCAUUAUACUUAGUAAUUUUCGAACAGUUUGCUGUACAAUUAUGUGCAAACAAGGAAUUUAGUGAUAUGGAAAAGCUUUCAUUGCUGCUAAACAGUGUAACUAAGGAGAUGGUUACUCUUUUUGGAAAAAAUGUUGUAUAUGUAGAGAAUGUGUAUGUUAGGCUUGUCAUUUAUUCUUACAAAAUAUUGGUAAAUGAAAGAGUUGGAUUUGAUCUCAAAGUUAAAGUGGGCCUUAUUUUAACACAUUGCCUAGAAUCCAUGCCUGAAUCUUACAGGAACAAUUUUAUACACAAAGAUUGCCCAGUUUUAGACUUUUUUGAGGAAUUCUCUAAUAAAACUACUAUAGUUCUAAGUGAAAUAAAAUUAGACUUACAGAGAGAAGAAGAAAGCACUAUAGUUUUAUAUUCAUCAAUGCUCAGUGUCAUUCCACAAAACAAGUUAGUUAAUUUGAAAGUGAAGGAUAGAUCUUUGAUGUCUAUUUUGUAUAGUAAUUUAAUAUGCUGUGCAAAAAGGAGAACUGGAGAUUCCCACAUAGUAGUAGAGAUAAGUAGGACAUUAAGUAUAAAGGCAAAGCAGCUUAUAACUAUACCCAAAGAGUUAAUCAAGCCAAUGUUUUUGGAAGGAAUAGCAUUUGUUUGGUUUCAUAUUGAUCACUUUAUAGAUACUGUUCGAAAUUAUGCAAAGGCAAUUUAUACUGAACUCAUAGAUGUAGCAUCAUAUCACAGAUCAAAUGGGCAUACUGAGUUGAUUAACAUUUUCAUUGAAAAGGUUAAGGUUCUCAGAUCAACUCAUGUUCUGAGAUUUAUAGCACUAGAGUAUAUAACAAAUCGCAUAUCAGCAGAGUACCUCUUGACCAAUUUUGAACACGUACAAAAUAGUCUUAUAAGUCUACUCUUGAGACCAGUAAUAUCGGAACAAGCAUCGAAAACAUAUAUCUGCAUAAUGGAGAAGCAUUUUACAGAAACAAAUAGAGAAAUCUGGAUUUCUAACUGGGUUAUGCCAAUUGGCAGACUGUUGAGGGAUUACAAAGAUGUUACAAAUGCUUACCAGACCAUUAUAAUUGCUGCUUUCAAGUUGUACCCUGCCAUACUAAGGAUAAUAUUCCCUGCUCAACAUAUGGGAAUUACUCAGGAAUACGGAGUCUUGUUAAAAUGUCUCAGACAUGCCAGACAACACGGCUUAGAAUCAAAAAUAGAGAUGUUUGACAACAUGCAGAACUAUUGGAGAGGUUUGGUUGAUAAAGAAAAGAUGAUUAGAUUCAUGGUGCACCAAAAUGAUGAGAUAAGGCUUUCUGCUCUGGCAUCUAUAGUUGAAAGUCAAAAAACAACAGCUCUGUUCCUCACUUGGGAAUUGGACUACCUUCGUGUUUUCAUGCGCUACAACAUUACUUCACAUACACCGUGUAUAAGGAAGCAGAUCGUAACACUGUACAAAAAAGCAUUAACACGAUACUCGGCCGGAAUGCAUGCUGUCGUUAAGGAUAUAGAAAUGUGGAGCAGAAGGCAAAUAAAACAAGGCCCAACUGUUUUAGAACAAAUCUACACUGACAUUAAGACUUCCUAUGGUUCGUUCAUAGUUAAAUUCACCAAGCAGUUAAUCAAAUACCUAACUUUUGAUGCUAAUUACCCAAGACGGGCAACAAGCUUGGAGCUACUUCUCGUUUUGAAAGAUAUGGUAGCCAAAGAGGAGUGGAUGAGCUAUUGGACGGAAGAAGAUGUGAAAAACUGUCAUUGUAUUCUGUAUGAUGGAUACGAGUCUAACAAGAAAAUGGCUUUAGAAAUACUUAUAACCCUGCCACCAGGUUAUAUAGGAUUCACGGAUGUCGACUCCACACUCGCAUACAUAAAGCGUUGUAUGACCUGCUCACUGUCUCUGAAACCUAGUGAAACUCUAACUGCUGCUUACCUUUUGGAGAUGUGUACUUAUUCCCCAUACUUUAAAGACAUCGUAGGUCGAUUAGACGAGAAAUCUGGAAAGCUAGUGUUGGACAAGGUACCAGAUAUCGAUAUGAUUGUCAUUCUGAUUUCUAAGCUAAUGGCACAACGCAAGGAGAUUGGAAGCAGAGUGACGGAAGGCAAAGUUGCAUUUUAUGGGAUUUUGCUGAGUAUUAGAUACAUACUGGAAAAAAGAAAUCUAAGUGAAGGCAACGAGUCUUAUACCAGGCUGUUCGGCCACAUAUCAACUGUUUGCCUGGAAUUAAAAGACGCCAUAAUGCCCAUUGUAUGUAACCCAUCACCUGAAGGCUACAUUCCUGAGAACGAUGUGAUACAUAAGGAAGGCGAUGCAUCGUUCAAGGCUCAAGCCACUCUUGUCUAUGCAUGGAGGACUAUGAAAGAGAUGACACUACUAUUGGCUGAAAUGGUGGAGCAGACUGUGAAGUUGGAGGACCAACAGAGAAUGCUCGAUGAAACGAUGCUAAUCAAAAUCGGAGAGUUUUUCAUCAAUGUGUUCAUUGAGAGCAAACAUAGAGGCGUGUAUGAACAGGCAUUUGUCGGAUUUCGUAUGAUAUGCGGGUCUUUUUGGAGAUCUUCAAAUCCCAAGCUGAACACGCUUCCUAAGGUUUGGCUUCAAGAUGCACUGGAUCUCUGCUCUGGAGAAAGUAAAAAUGAGAAUUUAUGUGUUACAAGGCGAAGCGCGGGUGUUCCUUUUCUUGUAACGGCGCUUUUAAGCUCAGAACCGGUUAUCGACAAGAAGCGUUUUCACGAGUGCGUGGGAAUUCUAUUUAAGACAUGCAGGAACACAGAUGCUAAGAAUGUAAAAUCUCGAACAAUAUGUAUGAACACCCUCACUGCCAUAUGUCGACUCAGCUCCCUAGGAGAAUGUGUCGCUUCUUAUGUUGGAUUUGGCAUGUUGAUUGCCAUCAGUGGAUUCAGCAGUCCUGCUUGGGGGAUAAGAAAUGCUGCCACACUCCUCUUCAGCUGUCUGAUCACAAGGAUAUUUGGCGUACAGAGAACACAGGAUUCUGAGAAUUUGUCUAUCAAAAAUCGAAUGACGGUGAAAGUGUUCUUUUCGAGAUACCCAGAGGUGUUCAAGGGUUUGUUACAGCAACUCGCUGAAGAGAUUAAGAAAAGAAAUAGUCUCAUGUUACAUCCUAUUCUAAUGAUUAUUUGUAGAUUGUACCCUUCUCAAUUUGAGGGGCAAAGCGACAAGGUCGAUAUGUAUAUUCGCCAUCUCAUGGUCUGUCUUUCUAACCCAGUGUACAAAACAAGAGAAUUAGCAGCCAGGGCAACAGUUUCUUUACUAAAUUGUGACCAAAUAGUCGAACAGUUUGAUAAACUAUUUUCUAGUCUCAAACGGCCCUCUAUCAAAGACAACGAGUGCCAUGGUAUUUUGUUGCAGGUGAGGCAUCUAUUGGAUUGUGAACACAUACCAAAAACACUGCCUUUAAGUCUUUACAUACAACACAGUAUUCAUCUCCUGCCGAACGUUGGCGUAAGACAUAGUCACCUGACAGUAACAUUGUAUAUGGAGGUUUUAUUGGCAUUCCUAAUAAGAUACCCGGACUACAGUGAUCUGAACGCGUUGAAAAACUUAACACUCGUACUUUCUAGGCAAAUAGCUUCAAAUACUAUGCCGCUAACCUGUAUCGAAAAGUUCUCACAAACACGUUUUCUUCUUCUCUACUACAUAACAUUAAAUAAAUUCCAACAUAUGAGAAUCACGUUCGCCACAAUCUCAAGUCAAAUAAUGUGUCAUUUGUAUGGUCAAGAUCCGAAUAUGAAACGAUUUUGCUUGAAUAUACUGAUACACUUGAAUCAACGUAGAAAAGGUUGUGAAUCGGUGCAAGCUUUAUACCGUCUCAGGGACAUAGAAAUCCCAAAAGAGAUAAUUACUGUGAUGGAUACUAUGGAUAAAGACUCUAUACUUAGGGUGCUAAAACACAUACAUCAAUACGUAUCUGUUUUUCUGAGAUCGGAACUUAGACAUCGACACUACAUACAAAAGCAAGAUGAGCUGUUAUUCUUCCUACUCCUAAUGUACUAUCCAUGUGCUUUGAGAUCGUUCAAUCAACAAAAGCAGAAAAGCUUGGACGAACUUUUGAACUUCUGUCAAGCAAAAGAUGAGGAUGUGAUAAGUGCCGCUGUUACCUGUAUAAGUGUGUUUUUGACGGAAGUGAAGUACCAAGGGCUCCAAUUCAAUAAACUGAUGGAUGUGUUGGUAGAAUCUGCGUCCCCAGCAGCUAGUGAAUCCAGACGAUAUGCGGUCACUGAUCUCUUAGUGGUGAAUUAUAAAUUGAUGUUCUCUAAAUCCCAGCAACUUGAUGGUAUUGAUAUUCAAAUGUUGCUGAAUAUAGUUAUGGUUUUACUAGAAGAUGAGGAGGAUAAUGUUCGUAAAAACAUGAGCAAUUUUUCUGUAUUAUACAGCCAAAUAACGUCAACUCAUAGAAUGGAUGCAGUCCAUCGAUGCCCAGUAAUACCAGAAAGAGCAAGAGAAGAUCUGCUCAUGUUAGCGUCAACAGCUUUACCUCAGAAACAAGCAAUCUGUUUUUUGUUUUCAUGGUCGUGUAGAACCCUUGUAGAUACUGAGGUGGAUUCUUCUGGGUUGGCAUGGAACAGAUAGAACACCAUGGAUUUAAGGAGCAAUAAUAGGAUAAAUUCUAGAAGAUCCACUGAGGUUUUUGAAGUGGGAGAAAGAAAUGUUCACGUAGAAAACAUUUUCUACGUAUAUCGCUGUGCCAAGCUCCUAAAAUCGAUCCUAUGGACCCUAGAAGAUGGUUUGAACUACGAAGACAAAUCAUUAUUAAUUGAAGAGCAAACCUUGCUGGUGACACAAAUAUUGGUUGAUAGUAUGUUGAGGUAUCGCUCUCCGAUGAUGAACAAUAGAACUGUAGUAACUGUGAUACAAACUCUGAGAGACCUGGCCAAAGAUUUAGAGGAAUUCGAAAUCGGCGGCGAUUUUAUUACAAAAUUUCGGAAACACUACAAUGAACAUGUGAUAACGUAUCUUACGAAUUUUAUUGAGAGUAGCGAUAUUAUUAGCGUGAAGAAAAUUUUAGAGAUGGCCUACGGGCCAAUAUUGGGUACUAGUGCGCAUGUUGAAAAGUUGGUCAUUGCAAAAUACGUCUGAUUUGUUUGUCGUUUUUUAUCACACUACUAAAUGUUUAUUUAUUGUUAUUUAUUAGCUCAUGUAAUUGAAGUAACAAAGUAUUUUGCGGAAUUAUCGACAACAAACUACAUUACAAAAUAUUUGCAUUUGAUUCGCCUUGCCGCUAGGUUAGGGGAGAGUGCUGAAAGAUACACGAUAUCAGUAAGAGAAUCUGAUUAUUUGUAUUUUCAUUUAACGAAUUGUGCGAAAGUCAUCAGGAAAAGUCCCUUUUUAUAUGCAUUUGUAGUUUUUAUUUGUGUGUAAAGUGCAUGAUAAGAUAUUUAUUUUGAAAUAUACUAUUUGAUUAUAA